AUGAAUGUUUUCAACUUGGCUAGCCACACCAUCGCCCUCAAGCAGUCGGUGCUCGGCAAGCCCCAUCUCUUCGUGCUUGUCCACCAACCAUGGACCGUACUGCAGCCUCCGACCGUCUGCGGCAAGCGAUCUCGAUCCAGCUCGGGUGCUUCUUCGUCUUUGUCCUCCUCUCGCAGGUCACUCUCGGCCGAUGGCCACAAAAACCCCUUCGUUAACUGCCUAGUUGCCCAUCUCACUUGCUCGCUCGCUCAGUUGUUGGCUUAG